AUGGCUCUUCCAUCCAUCUUGGUUUUGAUUUCGGGAAACGGGUCCAAUCUACAAGCACUGAUUGAUAAUUGCAACAGCGGUAAAAUUCCAGGGAAAAUCAUACAUGUGAUUUCCUCGUCCUCCAAAGCAUACGGUCUCGAAAGAGCAUCUCAAGCAGGCAUACCCACCACAACCCACGAACUUAAGACAUAUUAUAGAGGAAUUCCCAAGGAGAAGCAAAUUGAACGGAAUGAAGCCAGAGCCAACUUCAACAAAGAUCUAGUAAAUAUCAUAAUUGGAAGGAUCAAACCAGAUGUAAUAGUGUGUGCUGGCUGGAUGCUCAUAUUGUCGUCCGAUUUCCUCAAGCCUCUCCAUCAAGCAAAAAUUCCAAUAAUCAAUCUCCAUCCUGCUCUUCCCGGUCAAUUUGAAGGAACGAAUGCGAUCGAGCGCUCCUGGAAAGCUGGUCAAGAUGGCUUAAUUGAUAAAGGUGGUUGUAUGAUUCACUACGUUAUCGAGGAGGUCGACAAAGGCACUCCUCUUGUUGUCAAAGAAAUUGAUUUCAAGAAAGAAUCGCUUGAAAAAUGGGAAGCCAGAAUCCAUGCUCUCGAACAUGAAGCAAUUGUUGAAGGAACUAUUGAAGUUUUGAAGCAACUCAAUGCCAAAUAA